CCUCACAGCUUGAAAAGAGAAGAAGUCUUUACCCCUCGACUUUGACGUUUAGCCAAAGCGGCCGUUUGACCUUCUAACUGCAGCGCGACAAACUGAAAUAUGCUUCUGGGUGCCGUUAGGAGAUGGUGGGCCCAAGUGGGCCCUUACUACACUAAGCCGUACAGAGAUGUAUUUAUUGGAGUUGGCAUAAUGACCAUCAUUUAUUAUAAAAUUUCCUACGGGGGGAAGAAGGAGGCGGCAGUGACGAACAAGCCUUCUCACUGACCUUCCUACCAUCCUGUUCACCUGUGAUAUACCUGUCUCAUCAAUCCCAAAGUCCAACUUUAUGUUUGAAUUUCAUUAAUAUGGAUCAAAUAAAAUUAUUGUCCUCAA